GAAAAAUACUAUCUUUAUCCCUGAUCCCGUCCCUAUCAAUAUUUCCCCCUACUCCUUAAUCUGUUCUUGUUGUUGUCAACGUUGGCGUACCCACUGUAUGCUUGUAUUGACAAUGCAAAACACGAUCACCUCUGCCAAACUCAAUUUUACUUCUUCACUUCUCUGAUUGAUUGAUCCCACAAUCAAUUCAUCAUCUUCUUGUUUGUUCCCUUUAUUAUAAAUUUUUUUGCAUGUAAUUGGAGUUGAGGAGAAGCUGUGAUUAAAGAUGUCUUCGAUUGAUCUGGAAUCUAUCUCGGAGGCUACAUCAGGAGCAAUUGGAGCUGUUUUGAGCACAACCAUCUUGUACCCUCUUGACACAUGUAAAGCUAAGUAUCAGGCUGAGGUUCGCUCUCAUGGCCGACAGAAAUACAAGAAACUAUCAGAUGUGUUGUUGGAAGCAGUAUCCAGUGGUCGAGUUUUAUCAUUAUAUCAAGGCCUUGGAACAAAGAAUUUACAAUCUUUUAUAGCACAAUUUGUAUACUUUUAUGGAUACAGCUACUUUAAAAGAUUGUAUCAGAUAAAAUACAACACAAAAUCAAUUGGAACAAAAGCAAAUUUGAUUCUUGCAGCUGCUGCAGGUGCAUGUACUGCUAUCAUAACUCAGCCUCUUGAUACAGCAUCAUCACGAAUGCAAACAAGUGCAUUUGGGAGAUCAAAAGGGCUUUGGGCAAUGCUUACAGAAGGAAGUUGGAUUGAAGCUUUUGAUGGACUUGGCAUCUCUUUACUUCUAACUUCAAACCCUGCAAUCCAAUAUACAGUGUUCGAUCAGCUAAAGCAAAGACUUUUAGAUGGGAAGUUGAAAAAAUCAGGGAACGGGUCUUCUCCCGAAUCUCUUUCUGCUUUUUCCGCCUUUUUGCUUGGAGCAAUUUCUAAAAGCAUUGCAACGGUUCUUACAUAUCCGGCUAUUAGGUGUAAGGUCAUGAUUCAGGCUGCAGAUUCGAGUGAUGAAGAAACCAAAGAAAAGGAAAAGAAACCAAAAAAAACAAUAUUGAGUGUUCUUGAUGCUAUUUGGAAAAGAGAAGGGGUACCUGGUUUUUUCAAGGGAUUACAAGCUCAAAUACUGAAAACAGUAUUAAGUUCUGCAUUACUUUUAAUGAUAAAAGAAAAAAUUACAGCCACUACUUGGGUCUUGAUUCUUGCAAUUACAAGGUAUAUGGUUGUGACACAAGGAAGGGUAAAGGGCAAAUAAGGGAAAAAAAAAAAGGUUCUUUAAUUGAAAAAGGCAUCCAUAAAGAAGUUAAAAUUCAUAUCAUUGCCCCUUAUAAAACAAGAAUAAGAAGUCGGUGUUUAAUUUUUAUAUUCUUGUCAUAGAGGGACUUGAGGAAUUCUUUAUUGACUUUGAUUAGUUGUUUAAUGUUAAGGGUGAAGAGAUUAUUAGACAUUGAGAUUCGAAUUUGCUAAGAUUUACCUUUUAAGUAAAGUAGAGAUUAUUAGACGUUGAA